CGUACACCCACGCCCAGGUGUUUUCGAAUUCCGGCAAGCGAUUGGAUCGGUACCGGCGAUGUGGGACAAGAUGGAGGGAAUUGAUCUUGGAUGAAUUGACGUCUCGUGAAGCUGACGAUGUAAACUUGCGCACCCCAUAUCUUGACACAGGUUCGACCCCGCGUCCUUUUUGAAUUCUAGCAUCGCCCGUCAGAAUGGCAAACGAAGGCUUUGCAGAGCCUUGGAUCAAGUUCGAACAAGAGCUCGGACUGCGGCCAAAUUUGUACGGCCCAAAGGUUGCCGACUGCUUCGCUGGCUGGGAAAAAUUAGGAGGCGCUCUUGUUUCCAAGUACACGUUUCCCGCUCCCGAUGUUUCAGUCGCAACCGAAGAUCGCACCAUUGGCGAUGGCAUUAAGGUCCGUAUCUACACGCCGUCCGGCUAUGCGAAGGGGAGCAAACCCGUCGGCAUGUACAUUCAUGGCGGCGGCUGGGCAAUGGGGGAUUUGGACAUGGACGACGCUGGCUGUCGAGUAAUGUCCAAGGGUGCCUCGGUCGUUCUCGUUUCCGUCGACUACCGUCUGGCACCGCAGCACCCAUACCCGGCCGGCCCAGACGACUGUGUCACGGCCUACAAAUGGAUUCUGGAGAAUGCCGAGUCGCUGGGGGGUGUUGCCGGCAAGGUGUUCAUCGGUGGUGCCUCCGCGGGAGGGAACUUGGUCUUCACCACUGCCUUGCGCAUAAUCGACGAAGGGCUUGGAAGCUCGAUCGUUGGCCUUGCUGCACAAGUGCCGGUCACAAUUCACCCAGACCUUGUUCCCGCCGAUCUCAAGUCGAAGUACACGUCGUACGUUGAGCACGCGGAACACACGGUCAACACCAGCUCGGCCAUGCGCGCGUUCUUCGAUGCGUACGGCAACCCAACGGAUGCGUACGCGAACCCUCUGCUUAGCGACAAACUGAGCCAGCUCCCGAAAGUGUACAUGACCGUCGCGGGGCACGAUACUCUCCGCGAUGACGGCAGACUGAUGAAGGAGAAAUUGGAAAGCAACGGAGUCCAGGUGAAGUACGACGAAUAUGCAGGAUAUCCUCAUUAUUUCUGGACUUUCCCAGCCGAGGUGCUAAAGGAGCCUGCAGCAGAAUACAAUGCGAACCUGGUUAAGGGCAUCGAGUUCAUUCUGUCGUAAAGUAUGCAGAAUAUUAUGGUAUCUUUUAUGGUUGUCGUUGUGGCAGAUAUACGCGUAGCUAUGUAGCUUGAUAUAAUACAUAGUCGUACCUCCUAG